AUGAAGACCGUGGGCCGCGCCUUUGGUCUUCAAUUGGCAUUGAACCAACAGAUCCCCGACAUCGAAGAAGAAUCCAACGUUGCGCCGCCUCUUCAGAGGAGUUCCUCGAUCAUGUCAGGUGUGAAGACUGCGGGCCGGGUUGUUACUCGUUCAUUGAGCAAUGCCAAGAACCAGACCAAGAACCUUGUACGAAAUCCAAGUUCGGCUUUGCGCGGCAAGAAGGAAGGAAAGCGGCACCGCCAGACUCCCGAGCAAGUGUCGGGCACCCGAACUUCCGCCAGAGUCCAUCCCAACGAACCGGCGACGGGUCGCGAAACCCCUUUCAGCGACAUAGAGAACGUUGCCACAAGCAUCGAUGAGCGCUCGCGCCAGCAAUCUUACCAGCGAGCACACAAACCUCUCUCCGAAGUGCAGGAGCGUGUACCAAGUGCUUCAGCCCAGAAGUCGCAGGGUCAUGAACGUUCCAAGAGUGGCGGUUCAGGCCAAGCUUCGGACAAGACCAAGAAGCGUUUUUCUGCAAGCUAUCUCGUCAAGCGUCGGUCUGAGGCCGAAUUCAAGAAGCGCUCUUCUGCCGAUCAGAUUGAGAAGCGCCGGUCCGUGGGCAAUCUCACUGAGCUCCUGUCUGAAGCUCCCGAGAACGCACCAGGUGGUUCAGGAUGGCGAUUCUCGGUGGCUUUACGUCCUCGAGAGGUUUGA